ACAACCCUUACUCAUUCCCAAAUAUCGCCUCCAAUAUCUUUCUCCUGUUCCGAGCAAACUACGUUUCUCUGCAAAAAUGGCUGCCACAGCUCCACCGAAUUCCGUCCAAUGCUUCGGCAGAAAGAAGACAGCGGUAGCCGUCACCCACUGCAAAGCUGGCCGUGGCCUAAUCAAGAUCAAUGGAGUUCCGAUCGAACUGGUUCAGCCGGAGAUCCUCCGUUACAAGGCGUUCGAACCAAUCCUCCUUCUCGGUCGCCACAAAUUUGCCGGCGUUGACAUGAGGAUUCGCGUCAAAGGUGGUGGUCACACCUCUCAGAUUUACGCUAUUCGUCAGAGCAUUUCUAAAGCCCUUGUAGCUUACUACCAGAAAUUUGUUGACGAAGAGCAGAAGAAGGAGAUUAAGGAUAUUCUUGUGAGGUACGAUAGAACCCUUCUCGUUGCUGAUCCAAGAAGAUGCGAGCCAAAGAAGUUUGGUGGACGUGGUGCUCGUGCUAGGUUCCAGAAAUCAUACCGUUAAACAAAUUAAAGUAAUCUCAUUGUCUUCUCUAAAGUUUUAUGCUUUUGAUGUUAAGUUGCUUUUAAAUUUUUGUGUUAGACUAUAUAUUGAUCAUGUAUGGAUGGAUACCUGUUGGUUUUUCUUUAAGAAAUCUCUCACCCUUUUAUAAUUA